AUGAUUGAAGAAAAACAGUUCUCGCUUGUGAGAACUCUCUCUCUCUCUCUCUAUCUCUCAGUCUCUCUCUCCCCCUCUCUCUCUCAGUAUCUCUCCCCCUCUCUCUCAGUAUCUGUCUCCCCCUCUUUCUCUCACUAUCUCCCCCCUCUCUCUCUCCCUCUCCCAGCUUCUAUCCAUUACUCCACACAUUCUUCUAUCCAUUACUCCACAUAUUCUCCUAACCAUUACUCCCCACAUUCUUCUAACCAUUACUCCACACAUUCUUCUAACCAUUACUCCACACAUUCUUCUAACCAUUACUCCACAUAUUCUUCAAUCCAUUACUUCACAUAUUCUUCUAUCCAUUACACCGAAUAUUCUUUUAUCAAUUACUCCACACAUUCUUCUAACCAUUACUCCACACAUUCUUCUAUCCAUUGCUCCACAUAUUCUCCUAACCAUUACUCCACACAUUCUUCUAUCCAUUACUCCACAUAUUCUCCUAACCAUUACCCCACACAUUCUUCUAUCCAUUACUCCACAUAUUCUCCUAACCAUUACUCCCCACAUUCUUCUAACCAUUACUCCACACAUCCUUCUGACCAUUACUCCACACAUUCUUCUAACCAUUACUCCACAUAUUCUUCAAUCCAUUACUUCACAUAUUCUUCUAUCCAUAACUCCGAAUAUUCUUUUAUCAAUUACUCCACACAUUCUUCUAACCAUUACUCCACACAUUCUUCUAUCCAUUACUCCACAUAUUCUCCUAACCAUUACUCCACACAUUCUUCUAUCCAUUACUCCAAAUAUUCUUCGAUCCAUUACUUCACAUAUUCUUCUAUCCAUUAUUCCGAAUAUUCUUUUAUCAAUUACUCCACUCAUUCUUCUCUCCAUUACUCCACACAUUCUUCUAUCAAUUACUCCACUCAUUCUUCUAUCAAUUACUCCUCAUAUUUUUCUAUCCAUUACUCCACACAUUCUUCCAUCCAUUACUCCACACAUUCUUCCAUCCAUUACUCCUCAUAUUCUUCUAUCCAUUACUCCACACAUUCUUCUAUCCAUUACUUCUCAUAUUCUUCUAUCCAUUACUCCACAUAUUCUUCUAUCAAUUACUCCACACAUUCUUCUAUCCAUUACUCCACACAUUUUUCUAUCAAUUACUCCACUCAUUCUUCUAUCCAUUACUCCACACAUUUUUCUAUCCAUUACUCCACUCAUUCUUCUAUCCAUUACUCCACACAUUCUUCUAUCCAUUACUCCUCAUAUAAUUCUAUCCAUUACUCCACAUAUUCUCCUAACCAUUACUCCACACAUUCUUCUAUCCAUUACUCCACAUAUUCUCCUAACCAUUACACCACACAUUCUUCUUUCCAUUACUCCACAUAUUCUCCUAACCAUUACUCCACACAUUCUUCUAUCCAUUACUCCACAUAUUCUUCUAUCCAUUACUCCUUACAUAUACAAAUCGCCGUUUGCAUCUGA